AUGUCAUUUUCUGGAAUUUACCUCAAAGACAGGCAGCAGGGCGCCGUUAGACGCCGUGCAGAGCACUCAUCUUCCAUUCUGCAGAGAGGGUUGACUCCAACCAUUGCCGGCAUUCCCGCGCCAUCGAUGGUGCUCGCCACUCGUACUGCCUACACCCACACCGUGACGCCGGCUCCUGGCAGGGCCGGUCCAUAUGCAGCGGCCCCCACUGUCGUGACUCGUCUCGUCAUUGUCCCUGGAAAAGAGGAGGAUGAUAAACAGCAGAGCGAGAAGACGCAGGAGGAAGACGACAAGACGCAGCAGAAAGACGACAAGACGCAGCAGAAAGACGACAAGAAGCAGCAGGAAGAUGAUAGUGAGCAGCAGGAAGAUGAUAGUGAGCAGCAGGAAGACGACAAGGAGCAGCAAGACGAGAAGGAAAAGGAGCAAGAGCAAGGCAAGGAGGGGCAGCAGCAGGAGAAGGAAGAGAAAGAUGAUCAGACCUCCUCUUCCCCUCCAGUCACUCUGUCCUCCAAUGAAGGCAAGAUCGUAAUUGCAGCCCCUCCUGAGGGUAAUCCCGCCAAUACCACGACCACGACCACGACCACGACCACUACUACUGCCACCAUCACCACCACAACCCCGACUCUAACGACGACGACAACGACGUCUACGGAUUCGACAAGCGUGUCUGUCAGCCCCACAUCGACCAACACCACCACAACUCCGACUCUCACGACGACGACAACGACGUCUACGGAUUCGACAAGCGUGUCUGUCAGCCCCACAUCGACCAACACCACCACAACUCCGACUCUCACGACGACGACAACGACGUCUACGGAUUUGACAAGCGUGUCUGUCAGCCCCACAUCGACCAACACCACCAUAACUCCGACUCUCACGACGACGACAACGACGUCCACGGAUUUGACAAGCGUGUCCGUCAGUCCCACAUCGACCAACACCACCAUUACUCCGACUCUCACGACGACGACAACGACGUCUACGGAUUUGACAAGCGUGACCGUCAGCCCGACUUCGGUAUCCCCCACCUCGACGAACACUAUCACCUCCACCUCGACGGGCACUACCACCGUCAGCCCGACCUCGGUGUCUCCGACCUCGACGGGCACUACCACCGUCAGCCCGACCUCGGUGUCUCCGACCUCGACGGGCACUACCACCGUCAGCCCGACCUCGGUGUCUCCGACCUCGACGGGCACUACCACCGUCAGUCCGACCUCGGUGUCUCCCACCUCAGUGCCUCCCACCUCGGUGUCUCCCACCUCAGUGCCUCCCACCUCAGUGCCUCCCACCUCAGUGCCUCCCACCUCGGUGUCUCCCACCUCAGUGCCUCCCACCUCAGUGCCUCCCACCUCGGUGUCUCCCACCUCAGUGCCUCCCACCUCAGUGCCUCCCACCCAGACGGAAACUCCUACGUCUGCUUCCACGGCGCUCUCGUCCUCGGCGACCGAACCAUCAUCUGCUACUACUGUUCCUGUCACGACUGUCACUGUCGAGCCAUCGUCGUCUUCCGCUGUCCCAGUGACAACCGUGACCAUCGCUCCGUCUUUGACACCGACUUCAGAUGUUGUCGUCCCAACAACUACGCUUGUGAUUAUCCCCUCGUCGUCCUCAACUGAGACUCAACCGAUUCUGACCCAGACUACCAACUCGGUCACAGUCAUCAGUGGAACGAUCUUUACCAUCGGCCCCGGUGGCACUAACGUUCCUGGUACUAACGGUGGCCCUAACGGUGGCUCUAACGGAGAUGGCCUGACAGGUCCUAAUUCUUCAAAGUCAGGCUUGAGUUCUGGAGCCGCCGCAGGAGUUGUCGUUGGCUGUUUGGCGGCGCUGGCUUUGAUUGCUGGUGUGUUCUUUAUUAUGUUCAAGCGCCAGUCGCGUCGUCUGCAAAACCCUAACAGUCGCUUCGUGUCCCGAUCUGCUGCUGCAGCUGGUGCAGCAGGCGCUGGGGGUGAUCUUGGACAUUUGUACGGCUCACGACAACCCGAGGGCUCUGGUUCGCAUGGCUCCUACGGUUCCGUGCGCAACUUGCCCGGAGGAGCUCCUGUUGCGGGUCAUAUUGUUGUGGCGCCUGAGAUGAUGGAGCAUCCUGCCAACCGCUCCAACCUCAACUUGCAUUCUGGACCAAUGGCCUUUGGCACUAGUGCAGCCCUGGGUGCCUCGUCCGGCCUGGCGGGUGUCCAUGCUCAUGAUGGAUACCACGAAUCGAGCUCAGAUGGACGAGAGAUCUCGUCCAGUUACGGCGCCAGCGGUGGAAGCGGCCCUGGAGACGCGACUGGAAGUGCAGGUGGCGGCGGAAGCGGAUCUGGUUUGAACCCUUUCGGCACAGCAACAGCGCCCUCUGGAGGAUCUGGCUCGCCUCAAAGCCAGAAGGGCAGCAUUCACUAUAUCUAA